AGUGCUGAAGUAAAAUCGACAAAAUAUUAAAAUGAAAUUAUUCAUCGUAUUCUUUGCCCUGAUCGUGGCUGUUCUGGCCGCUCCCCAUGGUGGUGGAUUUGGUCAACCAGGAUUCGGAUCAGGUGGAUUUGGUCAACCAGGAUUCGGACCAGGUGGACACGGUCAGCCAGGAUUCGGACCAGGUGGACACGGUCAACCAGGAUUCGGACCAGGUGGUCGCGAUCAAGGGGGAUUCGGCCAAGGUGGUCACGGUCAACAAGGAUUCGGACUAGGUGGUCGCGGUCAGCAAGGAUUCGGUCCAGGUGAUCGCGGUCAGCAAGGAUUUGGACCAGGUGGUCGCGGUCAGCAAGGAUUUGGACCAGGUGAUCGCGGUCAGCAAGGAUUUGGACCAGGUGGUCGCGGCCAGCAAGGAUUUGGACCAGGUGGUCGCGGUCAGCAAGGAUUUGGACCAGGUGGUCGCGGUCAGCAAGGAUUUGGACCAGGUGAUCGCGGUCAACAAGGAUUCGGCCAAGGUGGUCGCGGUCAACAAGGAUUUGGACCAGGUGGACGUGGCCAACAAGGCGGACACCAACAUGGACGCCCUGGCUAUUAAAAUUAAUAAACCUUAUUGACUAAAAUUUA